GUUGUACAACAUCGUAGACGACGUGCUAAAGCAUUGAUUGAUUUUGAACGCUUUGAAGUUGAUGAACUGGAAUUUCAUAAGAAUGAUAUCUUAACGGUUAUUAAUUCAGAUGACGAACAUUGUUGGAUUGGUGAAUUAAAUGGUCGGCGAGGUUGGUUUCCUGCCAAGUUUGUUGAAUUGUUAGAUGAACGGGGAAAAAAUUAUUCUCCAGCUGGUGAUGAUGGUGUAGACAAAUUGAUUGUUGGCCUUAUUCGUGGAAGCCUGUGUCAUUCACUUGGAGCUGUAUUUUCACAUGGACUGAAGCGACCACGUCUUCUCGGUGAUGCUGGAUGUCAUCCUUGGCAUUUUAUUGAAGAAGCUUCAGCUAAGGAAGUAGAAAGAGAUUUCUCUUCUGUCUACUCGCGUUUAGUAUUAUGUAAAACCUUCCGAUUGGACGAAGAAGGUAAAGUCCUUAGUCCGGAAGAAGUAUUGUAUAGGACAAUACAUAGUAUAAACAUGUCUCACGAUUUGGCUAAUGCUCAUAUGGAUAUCAAAUUUCGUUCCCUGAUCUGUUCGGGUUUAAAUGAACAACUACUACAUUUAUGGUUCGAAAUUCUGUGUUCAUCAGUUAAAGUAGUUAGCAAAUGGUAUCAUCCUUGGUCAUAUCUUCGCAGUCCUGGAUGGGUUCAAAUUAAAUGUGAAUUACGUGUGCUUAGCCAGUUCGCCUUUCAUUUAUCACCAACAUAUGAAUUGAACAGUCUUCAAAAUAUUAAUCAAAUUCGACAAAAUGGUUUCAUGGGAUCUAAAUUAUUUGCCUCAUCAUCUGAUAGUUUACCGCGUCGUAUCAAUAAAUCCGGCUCAAAAGUAAUAUCUACAAUGGGCAAUGUAUUAGAAUUGCAUAAAGUUAAACCCCUGCAACGUUUAAUGACUGCUUCGUCUGUUAUCGAUCCUAUGAACGAUCCUCCAUCUCUGUCUUUAUCGUCGAUUCUAAUACCGAACGAUGAGAAUUUAAAUGAAACUGAUAGUAAUAUGACGACAGCCACAACAGAGACAACCGGAGAUAUGCUAGUUAAAUAUCACCUCUUCAGCUGGGAAUUGUGA